CGGUGAGUCUUGAAGUAGUGCGGACGCGCGAUCAUCCGUCGAGUCAGCGACAGCGGGCAUCACUUUUCGGUGUUCAAUUUUGGUUGGAUGGCAGAGACUGAAAAUAAACCACAGUUCUAACCUUCACAGCAAUCGUGCUGUAGUGCUCGCGUGUUACUUAACCAAAUCGAGAGUGGAUCCGCGUUUUUCUCGAACUCGACGGACGUUUGUUGUUCGAAGACGAAUACCAAUAUUGAGUCAAGCGUGCUUGGAUCGACUCGGUGGAAAUUAGCAAACAUUUCGUUCCGAUCAAUUGGGUGACAUUUGUGUGAUUAGUGUAAAAUGUGUGUUUGAGUAGUAAUAGUUGAUAGUUUGUCACCCUACGCGGAAAAGAGUUCACUCACCUGAUUGUAAAUGAGCAUUAAAGUUAGUGCGUUGGUGAAUCUGAAACGAAAACAGAAAUUUCCUCUCGGUGACUAUUAAUAUCCACCGGGGAAAAACACGCAAAACCUCGUUUGCCUGCAACGCAACUGGCAUCGUCGUUGGACAGCAGCACAUAGAGAGAGAGUGCUUUCCGUCUUUCCCGUUUGGCUCAGCUAAAUAUAUUUAACUUUAUGUUUGGUAUGGAUCAAACCGGCAAGGAAAAUGCGCGCUUCGACGCUUCGAGGAAGUGGAUCAAAAAGCAAUUGAAGUGAGGCGAUCACGUUUUCAAUUUCGAUUUCGCAACAGCGAGGUGGAAACGGGGAUCAGCACCUGCCCUAUAGGAAUUCCCUCAGAUCUUUGAUGCGAUUGUGUUGGAGCGUUUGUUGUGAUGGGUGAAAGGAGUGAAAAACGUUCGUAAAGGUAGAACCGAGUCCAAGAGAAAAACCGUUAUUGUGAAAAAAAACCUGAAUGUGUAGUUUGGAUGUGUUCGCCUAAAAAGGUUGCCAAUUCGGAAAACUACGUCAAACUGAGGCAACAGUGAGGAGGGAUUACGUUUGUACUAACACAACAAAGUGCACUUAUUUAGUUGGGCGCAGAGAAGAAAAUCUGUAUUUUUUCAUACACAUUUGAUUUCGGUACAGAAAAAGGGGAAAAGAAGUGCCAAAACGAGUGCGACCCGGAAUGCGAGAAAAUCGGAGCACGCUGGCGAUGACAGUGAGAAGUGAGGAAAACUACCGCCCGACGCCCAGUGUGCGAUGUAUUCUAGUUCUGAUGAGAAGUGUUCCGUCCAAAUAGUAAAUUACUUGCGGCGUCGAAAUGUUUGUUCACGUCAGCAAUGCUGCUUCGGAGUGUAACGGUCGGGCCCAAUAGUGAAGCAAAAUGAAAUUAUUUGCUGUGUUAAUUAACCUGGUUUUGUGCUUCAGUUUGGCUUAUCAGCAGGUGGAAACCAGGACCGAUAGUGACGAAGUCUUCGACGUCUAUGAGGAUUUGGUAAAUGACGAGCGUGAAAAUUUGAAAAAGCCCAGCGCUGCUCUGUUGGCGCAUGAUGGUAGUGAAAUUUUCCCGCCAAUGCCAAACGAUGGUCCGUUUGGUGACUAUCGGGUGCAAAACCAGCAACAGUAUGGCUCCGGUAUCGUGUACCGCAAACAACAUGCUCAACGUUCGCAAAGUCCGAGCUUCGACCCGCGCGAUGGCACACCGUACACGAGGGAGGUAGCGGUAAAACAGGGCCGGAUCAAGGGCACCGUUCGGGUGAUGCAUCCCCAGUCCGGACUGAAAAGCGUGGACCAGUACUUGGGCAUUCCGUAUGCCGAAGCGCCGGUCGGGUCGAGACGCUUCAUGCCCCCAGGUGCUCCCAUCCCAUGGACGGGACUCAAGAUGGCAAUCAAGUUGUCACCCGUAUGCCCGCAGAAUCUGCCCACCUUAACUAAUGUAAAUAACAACUACUCGAAAGGCAGAUACGAUCAGCUGAAAAGACUGCUACCAUUUCUAAAAGUUGAGAGCGAAGACUGUUUAUAUUUAAAUUUGUACGUGCCUAGCUAUGAUGGAAUUGGACCGCAAGCGAAAUAUCCGGUAAUUGUGUACAUACAUGGUGAGUCCUAUGAAUGGAACAGUGGCAAUCCGUAUGAUGGAUCAAUCCUUGCCAGCUAUGGCAGAGUUAUCGUGGUAACGCUCAAUUUUCGACUCGGGAUUCUUGGUUUCAUGAAGCCCGGCAUUAGCGAGCAUACCACCAGCAAUUUCGGGCUGCUGGAUCAGAUAGCCGCCCUGCAAUGGAUAAAGGAAAAUAUCGGCGCUUUCGGCGGUGACAACAAGCUGGUGACGGUGAUGGGGCACGGGACGGGGGCUGCGUGUGUAAACUUCCUGAUGGUUUCACCUGUUGCCAAGGGUCUGUUUCACCGCGCAGUUCUGCUGUCCGGGUCGGCCCUCUCGGACUGGGCUUUAACGCAGCACCCCCUGCAGUCGACCAUGCAGGUGCUGCAAGGACUCAAUUGUCCGCUAAACGGUGACAACGAUGAAGUUGCAGCCUGUCUACGGCGGAAGCGCUACAGUGAGAUUUUGAAUGUGAAAAUAGCUUCGCCACAGUUCUCCACCCGAUUCGGACCGAUCGUGGAUGGAUUGGUGAUUCCAAACACGCCGCAUAAGGUGAUGGGACAGUACAGCGACAUAUUUAGUGGGUACGACCUACUUUACGGCAUGACCGAGCUGGAGUCGUACAACAUCCUGAACGCGGUCGCCCUGACAUACGGGCUGCUGGAAAACGAACGCGACAAUCUGCUGCGGUUCUACAUGCAAAACCGCUUCGAAAUCCGGCCCGACCUGGCCCUCGCCGCAACGCUUAAUGAGUACACCGGGAUCCUUACUGAUCCGAACAAAUCGCUGGCGGACAUCCACCGUGACACUCUGUUGGACAUUUUAUCUGAUGCCCGCGUUGCCGCCCCGAUGCUCCAGACGGGACUCUAUCUCGCAAAAGUUAAUCCCAAAUGCUACAUGUACGUUUUCGGGCACAACAGCGAGGCCGGCGAGUAUGGACGGCUUUCUCAAAGCGUUGUUGGUGAGGAUUUGGCCUACAUUUUCGGAGCUCCUCUUGGGCCGGUUGGACCUUUCCAAACUCACUAUAAUGCCAGGGAACGGCUAUUCUCUGAAGCUGUUAUGAAAUACUUUUCCAAUUUUGCUCAAACCGGAAAUCCUAAGGCUCCAUGGAAGGACUUGUUUUUGAAUAUGAACCCGGAGGAUUGGCGCUAUUUCGACGUUGAUUGGCCUGAGUUCAAUAGCGUGAAUCAAAGCUUCCUACAUUUAGGAUUGACACCAGUUGUGAGUCGUCAUUAUCGACAACAGUAUAUGAAAUUUUGGAAUCAAAAGCUCCCGGAGGAACUGAAAAGGAUAACGACAUCAAAACCAUAUUCUCCGUAUUCGGAGUUAAUCAGCCCACCAGACCGACGUUUGUCCACCUCUAGUCCAGAAUUUGUCACCGGUCACAUAAAUCUGUUUCCAAUAAAAGUGGAUAUUGAAAGACCUACGGAGGAUUCUUUUAAAGCGCUGGUUCAUCGAAUGAAGGAUGCGCAUGUUGGGGGAAUGGGCUCUUCUGCGGAAAUUCCCGCUGAAGCUCCGGCAAUAGACAAACCGAAACCAGAAAACGUUGAAAAGGAAAUGGAAAACUCUGAAAUGAUGAAAACUGAGGCCUCCCUGACGUUGCUCAUAGCAGUGGCAAUAGUUUUCCUAAUUUUCAAUGUUUUCAUCAUCGUUGGCUACGUCAUCAAACGCAACGUUGGAAACAGAAAAGUGAAACGAAAAUUUGACGACAACAUCCUGGAGAGCGCUGCAUCGAUGAACGAAAAACGAUCAAAACUAAACGACACCGAGGAGAGCUACAUUUUAGACAUAAUGCGAAAAUCAAACCCAUAUGAGCCUGUGGUGAAAGCGAACAAUUUCGCUUUACCGAGGCAAUUCAGUGGCGAAACACUGGACCCUCAUGCGAAGGUGUGCGAUUGGAUCUCACAAGACUAUGGUACGGUUUGCACGAAACAAAUUGAGUGCGAUGGAAGUGGUUCCUGCCAUAAAGAUAGUCUCCCUUCACCGCAUAAGGUGAGUGUGGCAAUUGAUGCCACCCCACAGGCUCGAAGCAACAGUGUGCUGCGACAAGAACCAAUCGAGAUAACGAAGGCCAAAUCAUUUGAAUGUGCCUCCCCAGAUGAUUACAGUGAAAGCGUUAGUCAAAGCUCACCGUGUGACUCCGACAGACGACAACAGUGCUCCAGUUCUGGAUCAUCAUAUUCCUACAACGAUUGUGAAUACAAAAUCGAACCGAAAAAAUAUUUGAAAUCAGACACGAAUCCAAUUUACAACAAUUAUCCAUAUCAAAAUGAAGAAAUUACUAGCUUUAUCGAACCCGGGGACAUAAAUGUCACUUCUCGAGAUAAAAGUGAGGAGAAAGACCCUCUUUCGCCUGAAGAAGCACUCAAAGUUAUACAACGAAGAAAUUUUCCCAAAGUGUUACCAGACUAUCCGAAUGGGGUAGCAGGUAUUACAGCUUCAAUGAAGCGAAGAUCUUUACCACCGCAAGCCUUCUUGUUGGCCAAUUCACAUAGUUUACGAAGAGAUAGUUCUCGUCUCGUUCCGGCUCCACCUCCACGAAUUUCAUCAACCUUGGGGCGUCGCUCUUCUAAAAAUAGAGCCAGCAAUAAUUUCCUAAGCUCCCCUCCCGUGAUGGCUGAAGAGCCCCCAAUUGAGGAAGAACCUCCAAUCACAUUGAACACACUCCACGUGGGACCAUUGCUUCCCAAGCAUCACGAGAACACUUACAUGACAAUGUCACGUCAAAAUUCCGUAGAAUCUGAACAGACCACGCCAACCGAAGAGCCAGCAGUCGACAUCAUUUGUAUAGAACACAAACCAGAAAGUCAUUACAGUUACAUAAAACCGCCAAGUAUGAUAAAACCUCCAACAUCGUUCAAGUCCUCCCCGCCGAAAGAAUUGAACCGAACGGAAAGCAAAGCAGAGCUGCAGCAACCGCCCCAGUUUGGUUCUACGCCACGUUUGCCCAUUUGUCGGUCUGGCAGCAGCACCAUGCAACGGGAGCUGAGCUCUGAUUCGUCAGCCACUGACACCACAUCCGGCAGCACCGGAACAAUUAAGAUGCUGUAAUCAUACUUUGACACUACAAACAACCGCCAAUACUCUCUCACAAGGCACCAACCCCGUCGUGGCCGGAGUUUUUCACACAUUGCAUAGUAUUUACGUAUUUAUCGACAAGAAACCCCUUCCACGUCUCCACAUCACGAUAAUUCCGAUCAAAUAUUUAUUUUAUCUUUAUGACUUAGUUGUAAACAACUGUCGAGGGCGGAGAGGGUGCGCGCAAUCGAACAGUGGGUGGAUAGAUUUGUUUUGAUAUCGGCUAGCGACAAUCGAAAUGAUUACUUUUAUAAAGUUGUAAACAUGACAUCGCAAGCAUAUGCGCACAUAAACCGUACGAAAGUGUAUUUAAAGAAGAAAUAAAUUAACUCGUAAUGAGAUUUUAUAACUAACAGA